AUGAGCAGCUUCGAGAAGCAUGCCAAAGACGUAGCCAAAAGCGUCUAUACUGCCAUCAACCAACAAUCGCGCGAGCUGCAGGCACGGCAGCAGUACUCGGAUCGCCUGGUUGCCGAGCUGGAUACGCAAAUCAUCGAGUUCACCGAACAGCAGACGAUUGACGAAAUGUUCAAGCCGCCAACGCGGCUGCACCAGGACCUGGCGCUGAACCUCGAUAUCUGCGAGCUGGUCUUUGCGGUGCUGCCGUACAUCAACGGGCGCUCGCACAUCCAGGCGCAGCUGGCGCUGACGCUACUGGACAACCUGGUCAAGAACUGCGGGCACCCGGUGCACUACCAGGUUGCGACCCGCGAGUUCCUCAACGAGCUGUUCCGGCGGUUCCCCGAGUACCAGCCGUCAAUGCCGAACCCCGUGCAUUACCGGAUCCUUGAGAUGCUGCAGGAGUGGCGGCAGACGCUGUGCAAACGGUCGCGGCACCGCGAGGACCUGCAGCGGAUCAACGACAUGUACUCGCUGCUCCGCCGCAAGGGCUGGCAUUUCCCAGAGGUCGACGUCAGCAACUAUGCGGUGGUGUUUGGCCCGGAGGACACGCUCAGGUCCAAGGAGGAGCUCGAGAAGGAGGAUCUGGAGGCCAUGCAGGCGAAGCUGCAGGAGCUGCUGCGACGCGCGACGCCCCGGGACCUGCGCGAGGCGAACAAGCUGAUGAAGAUCAUUACUGGGUACGAGCAGUCGUCGAAGCAGCCCGACUACGACCAGGAGUGGGAGUCCGAGCUCGAAUCCUUGCAGAACAUGGAGCCUGGCAGUCGGAUGGACGACACUACCAAGGAGCUCCUGGCAAAGUGUAUUUCUAACCAGUCGCGCAUCCACAAGCUGAUUGCCGACCACGAGAGCGCAGCGAACGAUGAUGGGGAGGACGGGGACUCGGUUGAGCGCCAGGAGCUGGACCGUCUGAUCCGCCUGAACGACACUAUCGGCGAUGCGGUACAGGCUUAUAAGGACCUGGAUGCCGGCAGGGUCCCUGAGUUUAAACACACCGGCGGCGCUGCUGCUGCCCAGGCAGUGCCAGCAAAGGAGGAGCCUGAGAGCGAGCUGAUUGCGGUUCAGCUGCCGUGGGAGGACGCUGCCAGCGCCCAGCAACAGGCGGCGGUGAACAAGAAUCCGCUUGUCGAUCUGAUGGGGCUUUCGUUCAACGAGGCCGCGGCACCAGCAGCCGCCGCCCCGCUUAUGCCGGGCCAGAGCACGCCUGGGCUCACGACGAUGUCGUUUCCACCGCCGCCGGGCCAGCAGCGCCAGCCCAUGUCCAACCCGUCGCUACCAGCGACCUCGGAGCAGGCGCGCCAGAGCAAAAUAUCGAGCGGCAAGAAGGACGUGUUUGACUUUUCGGACCUAAUGUCGGCAGCCAAGGAUGCCAGCAAGCCUGCGUCGACGUUCAGCCCGCCUGCAGUGCCGCCAAAGUCGAAUUCACCACAAAACACAAACUGGGGGUCGGCACGGGAACCGGGCAAGACGCAGUCGAACACCGACUCCCUAAUCGACUUCCUCUAG